AUGGAUCUGAAUUCAGUCAAAUUGACUAUAUCCAAGUCCAACUUAGCUUUUGGAAAUGGAAUGGCAGCUGCAGCUCGUGGUUAUCAAAAGGAGAAAGAAGCUGAGAAGCGAGAAGCAUUAAAGAAGGAAGGGCACGGGGAGUGUAAGGACAGAACAGAAGGGUUUUUUUUGGGUGAUGUCGCUGGUAGUGAUAAAGUGAUUUGUCACUUCUACAAGCAGAAGUUCUACCGUUGCAAGUAA